AUGUCGGUACAGCUGGAAUGGAAUGUAGUGCGAAAGCGACAACUACCGCACAUUUACAACGCAGAUCAGAUGGCUAAUCUAGACCAGAGCCAGGCCGCGUCUGCAUUGGUUGCAGCAACAGCAUCAGGCACAACGACCAACACCAUCGCCAAGCCGCUAGGCGUCCCACCUUUAGCUGCAUCUAAUUCUCAACCCCAGCCAAGCCGCCCGUCUGUUUCAUUUGACUUGACCCACUUAAGUGACAGUGAGGAAGACAUUGCGUUGGUUUACAGCCGAAUCUUUGAUCGCCAGCAUUUGAGUUCUGAGUCGGUUUCAACUACUCGGACGAAACUGAACUCUGCGGGAGACUGUGGUGUCACUGCAGACAACUUUACAGCGAUGCUUGACGCGGAAGAACAGGACAAGUGCAAUGAUGUUGAUCAGCUAAACUCUUCCCAACUCAGCAAUGAUAAUUUUCAUCAAAUGGACUUUGCUGCCGGUAAUGACGAACUCGAUGGAUACUCAAGGGAAGAAGAAGAGAACUUGCAGUCUCAAACUAGUCAUGACGCUGUAGACGAUGGAAUGGCGAAUCAAAAAAAUGCAAAAGUCAGGUCUCGCAAGCAGAAAAACCCGGUCGUCGUUUUUGAUAUCAGCAGUGGUGACGAUGACAGUGACGAUGACAACAACAAUGACAACAACAAUGACGACGAAGAGCAGGAUAUGAGCGACGGUGACGAUGAAAUUGUGCUUCUUGUUGAUGAAAAACGUGGCUACUCGGAUGCUCAAGAGGCAAAAGCACCGAUGGUGGCAAAGGAAACGCAACAUUUGCGAGCUGUACGGAAAGCCCCUGGAAGCAGAGACGAUGUUUACGAUUCUGAUUUUGAAGCAAAUUUAGUCACGUCGGGCGAAUCCACUAAAGAACUAGACAAAAAGGCCAUUUUGGAAGAUUUCGCCAAGGUCAAGAUGCCCGAUCCAUACUUUUCGGAUCGCGAAGAGGCUGAUUGCAAGGCCGAGGAAAUUAUGAGCAGCUCUACCCAGUGCGAUGCUGCUGGCCCACUCAAACAAGUGGUUGCCAUCGAACGGGGCCUCAUUCCCAAGAAGAGGCCAAGUCUGCUUAGAAAAGAGGCAGAUGUCCCCAAGCCGGUUUUGGAUGAAUGCGAGGCACACAGUCUAAACAGUGAUGAGUUUGCCUCGACAUCUUCGAAGCGACGAGAGUCGGACGUAGUUUCGAUCGAUUUUGGGCCCGUUGCAAGGGGCCAAAGUUCAAUCAGUGAUAUUGAUGAAAAGUUCAACUCGUUGAGUGAGAGUCUCACGAUGGGGCCGGAAAGUGCAAUAACAAAGAGUUUUGAAAAUUGUAAGCAGGAAACAGAGCUCUUUGUGAAGGAAGAAACGCGUGAGAUGGACACAUUAACCACUUUGGAGCAACCCAGUUUGAAAGAAGUGCAACCCUGUGAGGUUAAGGAAGAGACUAGGCGGAAGAAAAAUUGCAUAUGUACGAAGUUGCCGAUUGCGGAGCAAAAGGUGAAAAAUGAGGUGGAGGUGGAAAACAAGGUGGAAAACGAGGUGGAGAACGACGUGGAGAACGACGUGGAAAACAAGGUGGAGAAUGAGGCGGAAAAUAAUCCUAAGAUGCAAGUUGAUUACGGUGUUGAGGAUGAUAAAUGCCUCGAAACACUUGAAUUGCCAGUUGCAAAGGUGGAGAGUCUAGAACCGAAAGUGCGUCUGCAAAAGAGGUCUCUAGAUACUACUAGGCAAGAAUCAGCAGAAUCCAAAUCCGGCUUGGCUAUUCCUCUGAAUUCCAAGUCUGAGGGCAAGUCAUUUAACAAGGAGAAUGAUCCAGCGUCGCCAGCUAGAAAAAUGCACAGGAAACGAAUCGCUUCCAAGCCAUUAUCGGCUAUUUGCAACCAAGGCUUGAGAUCGAGGGUUGGGUUGUCAAAGAGAACGAGGAUCGAUAGCUUGCAUGAGAACAUCAAGAGGAAAUCAGGUACCUGA